CUGAUAACGCCUACUAUUCCAGUGCUACUUUAUCAAAUAAACGAGUGAAAUUGUUUAACAUGGUUGUGUCACUGACGAGAUUUUCGACUGUUUUAACGAGUGUGUGCAAAAAUAACUCUAAUUUGAGGGCGUUGUCGACAACAUGCUCCAGAAAAACUAAAAUAAAUUUCAACUGGGAAGAUCCACUGAAUCUAGAUUCGCAAUUAUACGACGACGAAAAAGCAAUUCGUGAUACGUUUAGGGCUUACUGUAACGAGAAACUAUUGCCAAGAAUUAUCGAAGCGAACAGAAACGAAAUUUUCAACAAAGAAAUUUAUAAAGAGUUGGGGGAAUUAGGUGCAUUAGGAGCUACCAUUAAAGGUUACGGAUGUGCCGGUUUGAAUUACGUCACGUAUGGACUACUGACAAGAGAAUUGGAUGGUGUAGACUCGGCUUACAGAUCAGCUAUGAGCGUGCAAAGCAGUUUAGCUAUGGGUGCUAUUUAUAUGUAUGGAAGUGAAGAACAAAAGCAAAAAUACCUUCCGAAAAUGGCCAAAGGGGAGUUAGUCGGUUGUUUUGGAUUGACUGAACCAAACUUCGGCAGUGAUGCAGGAGGAAUGAUCACAAAAGCAAAAUACGAUUCGAAAUCUAAAACUUAUGUACUCAGAGGAGCCAAAACGUGGAUUACUAAUUCACCCAUUGCUGAUGUACUUGUAGUUUGGGCGAAAGACGAUGAGGAAAAAAUUAGAGGAUUUAUCGUCGACAGGUCACAAGUCAAAAAAGGUCUGGACACGCCCAAAAUCAAUGGAAAGUUUUCUUUGCGAGCGUCGGCGACGGGUAUGAUAUUGCUUGACGAAGUGGCUAUAUCGGAGGAGAAUUUAUUGCCAAACGUAGUAGGUCUGAAGGGGCCGUUCGGAUGUCUCAAUAACGCGCGGUAUGGAAUCGCUUGGGGCGCUCUUGGGGCCGCUGAAACAUGUUUGCGGAUCGCCCGUCAGUACACAUUAGAUAGGAUUCAAUUUGGAAGGCCUCUCGCCGCUAACCAGCUAAUACAGAAGAAGUUGGCUGAUAUGGCGACUGAGAUAGCUAUAGGGUACCAGGCAGCGUUGGCUGUCGGUCGUCUAAAGGAUAAAGAUAAGGUAGCUCCAGAAAUGGUGUCUUUGAUUAAGAGAAACAAUUGCGGCAAGGCUUUGGAAAUCGCAAGGGCAGCUAGGGACAUACUUGGCGGCAAUGGCGUCUCAGACGAGUACCAUGUGAUAAGGCACGUAAUGAACUUGGAGGCCGUUAAUACUUACGAAGGAACUCACGAUAUUCACGCACUGAUAUUGGGUAGGGCGAUUACCGGCAUACCAGCAUUUUCCUAGUAACAUGUACCUACAAGUGUAAGUAUGUACAUGUGUUCGUUGUACCUUAGAAGGAAAAAUUUGUAUAAAAAAAUAGAUAUGUCUUUGGAAAUAUAAAGUAAUUUUCAUCUUAGAAGGAAAUUGCUGUAUAUUACUAAAUUGACAUUAAUUAAUAUGUAUUUUGUUGUACUUUAUUAAAUGUUAACGAAAUUAUGCCGUCUUUAAAAAAAAUCUUUUA